GCGAGAGAGGGACGUGCUCUCCACCAACUCACGCGCACGCGACCCCACAAAAACCCUAAUUUCCAAGGCCCCCUUCUCAUUUCUCAAAGAUGGGCUUGAGGGCAAAAACACAAAGAAACAACCAGACCUCCCCAAAACCUUGACAUAAACCAAACAACCAUAAUUAAGACCCAGAAAACCUAGGGGGACUACUCUCUCUACAAUUCACUCUUUUCCCUGUUUCUACUACCUUUUCAUCUCUGUUUGGUUUUCUGUCUACUGUUAGGUUGGGUUUUGUUGGUACUUUUGAAGAGCGUUUAAUUUUGCGUAUUUUUUCUUUGCUGUAUAAGCUUGGAUCAUACUUGGGUGGCCCCUUGUUUGAUUCAUCUUCACUUGAAGUAGACUCAAAGCCUCGAAACCCCUUGUUGAUCCUCGUUUUUGUUUUUUUCAGUCUUGGUGGUUUUGGACAGUGGAUGAUCACAAAUUAUAAGAUCUGAGAGGGAAUCGUCAGCUCUCUGUUCUUGAUUGUUUUCUUUGUAACUUGCUAUCUUUUUUGUGCUUGAAUCGGAAACAUGGCGAACCGGUGGUGGGCUGGGCAGGUGGGUCUGCAAGGUGUAGAUACCUCAUCAGCUUCACCUGCAAUGAAGAAACCAGAUCUGGGAAUAUCCAUGAAUGAAAAUGGAGGAAGCGGGAGCGGAGGCGGAGGAGAGGAAGAAGAGGAAAAAGAAAACAGUGAUGAGCCCAGAGAGGGUGCAAUUGAGGUGGCUACGCGCAGGCCUAGGGGCCGGCCGCCUGGCUCCAAGAACAAGCCAAAACCUCCGAUUUUUGUGACAAGGGACAGCCCUAACGCUCUGCGCAGCCACGUUAUGGAGGUGGCAAACGGCUCCGACAUCACAGAAAGCAUAGCCCAAUUCGCGAGAAGGCGGCAACGAGGCGUCUGCGUGCUCAGCGCAAGUGGGACAGUCAUGAACGUAACGCUUCGCCAGCCUUCUGCCCCUGGUGGUGCAGUUAUGGCACUUCAUGGCCGAUUCGAAAUUCUUUCCUUAACCGGCGCGUUCCUACCGGGACCAGCGCCACCAGGCUCCACUGGACUAACCAUAUACCUAGCAGGCGGUCAAGCUCAGGUCGUGGGUGGUAGCGUGGUGGGUUCACUCAUAGCGGCAGGUCCAGUUAUGGUGAUUGCAGCUACCUUUUCGAAUGCAACCUACGAGAGGCUCCCCCUAGAAGACGAAGAAGAGGCGGGCAGCGCAGCACAGGAGCAGCUCGCUGGCGGCGGAGGCGGUGGUGGGUCACCGCCAGGGAUUGGCGGCAGUGGGGGGCAGCAGCAGGCAGGGAUGGCAGAUCCUUCCUCCAUGCCGGUUUAUAAUUUGCCACCAAAUUUGCUUCCAAAUGGUGGACAACUGAACCAUGAUGCUUAUGGUUGGGCACAUGGGCGCCAGCCUUACUAGAGGAUAAAUUCAAUAAUAUGAGAGAGAUUUUCAGGUAUCUUUCUAAUGUUGUAGUGAAACAAGGAAAGGAGGGUUUCAAGGUUCAUAUCUGUAUAUUUCUUCUUAUUUAAUUUCCUUCCACUUUAUUGC